UUAGACUAUUUAUAAACAAGCAAAAGCACCUUCUGUUUUAUUGUGGAACAAGCUUAAAAGCAAAAAUAUUUUUUUGUGGUUUAAGAAUAAGAAGAUAGCAUUAGACCAAUAUUUGUAAAAAUGGAAUUUGUAUCUGGGGUGACUUUAUACAAAGCUGAUGGCUCUAGUGGCUUAGCAGAUAGCAUACUUAGUGAAAAGGAUUUUGUGCUUUAUUACUUCUCAGCUCAUUGGUGUCAUCCAUGCAGACAGUUUACACCUGUAUUAAAAGAUUUUUAUGAAGUUGUAAAAGAUUCUGGUUUAGAAAUUAUAUUUAUGUCUUCUGAUGAAAGCCAGGAAGAUAUGAUAAACUAUAUGAAGGAAUCUCAUGGUGAUUGGUAUUGUGUGGAAUAUGGUUCUGCUUUAGUGGAUGAACUGAAGCAAAAAUUUGAAGUCAACGGAAUACCUACAUUAGUUGUUUGUAGAAAGGAUGGGUCUGUUAUUAAUGCCGAUGCUAAUGAUGAUGUUUGUGAUAAAGAACCGUCAGCCCUCUUUGCUGAAUGGAAAAAUCAAAAAUGAUUUUUUAAUACCCACUUUAAGCGCCAUUUUAGAAACAUAUGCUUAAAAUAUUUCUAAAAUGCCAAUUAAACUUUAAAUGUAAAAAAAUGAAUGUUGUUUGUGUUAAAAAUGUUAUUCUUAAAUCAUAUUAUUAUAUACAUAAUUAUUAUUAAAAUGCACUUUGUGUAUUUGCAAUAGUUUCGUGAAGUAGGUCAUUUAAAAUUGAUGUAAAGUUUUUUUAUAACAAAAAAUAAAGUUUGAGCACAAA